AUGACACGGGAGGAGCCUUACCACGAGGAGUUCAGCUAUGACCGGAUGCCCACCCUGGAGCGGGGCAGGCCGGACGGCCCAAGCUGUAGCCCCGACGCCAAGACCAAUGACCUUCAGCUCUCCAAGAGGCUCCCGCCCUGCUUUAGCUACAAGACCUGGGUCUUCUCUGUGCUGAUGGGAAGCUGCCUCCUGAUCACCUCGGGGUUCUCGCUGUACCUGGGGAACGUGUUUCCUUCGGAGAUGGACUACCUGCGCUGUGCUGCAGGCUCCUGCCUUCCCUCAGCCAUCGUGAGCUUUGCUGUUUCAAGGAGAAGCGUCAGUGCGAUUCCCAACUUCCAGAUGUUAUUUGUGUCCACAUUUGCUGUCACAACGACUUGCUUAAUUUGGUUUGGAUGUAAGCUGGUCUUGAACCCAUCAGCAGUAAAUAUCAGCUUCAACCUGGGGCUGCUGCUCCUCAUGGAGCUCCUGGUGGCCGCCACUGUGGUCGUCUCGGCGCGGGUCAGCGGGGAGCAGUGCACGAGGAAGGCUUCCACUGCGGACAGAACCAACAUUUUGGAUGAAGUGACCUUCCCUGCACGGGUCCUGAAAUCCUACUCAGUCAUUGAGGCCAUUGCUGGCAUCUCGGCCUUCCUGGGUGGGGUCAUCGCUCUGAACGUGGACCACGUGAUCUUGGGCCCCCACCUCUCUGUGACCUUUUUCUGGAUUUUAGUGGCUUGUUUCCCAAGUGCUAUUGCCAGCCAUGUGACUGCAGAGUACCCCAGCAAGUGCCUGGUGGAGGUGCUCCUUGCAGUAACGAGCAUCACGUCCCCGCUGCUGUUCACGGCAUCGGGGUACCUGUCGUUCAGCAUCAUGAGAAUCGUGGACGUUUUCAAGGAUUACCCCCCAGCCGUAAAACCGUACGACGUGCUCCUGCUGCUUCUGCUGCUGGUCCUGCUGCUGCAGGCCUGCCUCACCACUGGCACCGUCGUCCAGUGCGUGCGCUUCAAGGUCCACGCUCGGCUGCAGGAGACGCCCUGGGACCCCGUGCAGGCCAGCCAGCCAGAGCCCCCAGCGGGGGAGGUGGCCAGAAGCCCUCGGCAGGAGUUCGACAAGGACAAGGCCUGGAGGGCCGUGGUGGUGCAGAUGGCCCAGUGA